GCACAGGGGGCGGGGGGCGCAGCGGGCGGGGUGGGAGCUCGCCCGGCCCGGCGGGACUCGCAGCGCGGAGAGCGGGGCGCUGCCCGGCGGAGCGGCCCCUGGAGCCAUGCGGCCCCUGCUGCUGCUGCUGCUGCUGCUGGCGGCGGCGCUGCCGGGCGAGGGGGCGGCGGCGGCGCCCUGCGAGGCGGGCGGCCGGCGCUACUCGGCGGGCGAGCGGUUCGUGCCGCCGGGCGAGCCCUGCAGCCGCUGCGAGUGCACGGCCCGGGGUCCCGCCUGCGCCCGCGCCCCCUGCCCGGCCCUGCCGCCCGCCUGCAUCCACGUGAGCCGCUACCCGGCCGCCUGCUGCCCCCGCUGCGAGCGCGUCGGCUGCGAGCACCGCGGCCGCGUCUACGGGCUGGGCCAGCGCUUCCAGGUGCGCCCCGGCCGGCACCAGCGGAGCUGCCCGGGGUGGAUGCUGGGCACUGAGCGGGGCAGGGGGUGGAUGCUGGGCACUGAGCGGGGCAGGGG